AUUAGUCCUAGUCGAUAUACGCCAACUUCCUGUUUUCAAUGUGAACUUCCGGUAAACUUUCCACGUCUGGGCUAAAACAUAAGGCAGUUGUAAAUAAGAUGAGUCAGUCUGCUCCAUGGAGCUACCAGCAACAAAACCAAGAUCCUGGGGGAGUCAAACUCUUCAAUCCAGCUCAGUUUACAGAGCAGGUCAAUAAACCUAACCAGUUUAAUCCCGCAACACAAGAUGCAAAUUCUGCACAACAUCAGCCAGCAGAGGUUUUUAAUGGACACCCUGAACAGUACAACACAGGGCAUGAUCCAAAUUGGAACUGGAACUACUCCCAAUCAGAUCCUACUCAAAUGGCUCCAGAUCCAAAUACGUAUGAACAGGUUUACGAUCCUAACCAAUCCCAAGCAGUAGGGCAAGAUAAUGGUUAUGGUAGUUUUUACUAUGAUCAAAAUCAAGGUCAGUGGGUACCUAUGUAUGGACAGUAUGAUCAAAGUUAUGAUCCAGCUCAGGUGAAUUACCAAGAAAAUAUGGUCCAUGAACAGCAGGGCAUUUCAAAUACUGAAGCCCAAUCUGGAAAUUUUGAUCCCAGUUAUAACCAUUAUCAUGGUAACUACACUGAUCCUGGAGCUAGUGAAAGUUCAGGUACACAUGUUAACACAUUCAGUGAUGGUCAGCACCCUGAACAAGUGACAGAUCAGUCAGUCGAUUCUGAAAAUCUGGACCAGUCCUCGGCCAGUCAAGGAAUGUCUGGAUUUUUUCAGAAUGAUGAUUAUGAAUCCGAAUCUAACACAGGUACAUGUGAUAACUCAGCCCAUGGAUCGUCUCUCCAAAACUCUUUCAAUCAGAUUCAACAACCAGUGCCAGCAGAGGAUGUGAUGAAUCCAGUAAUCAGUAGUGAAAGUUUGCAGACAGUGAACUUUUCCACAGGAUCUCUUGACACUGGGUUGGCCAUGAAUUCUGUGUUAGCCCCUCAUGUUCAACAAGUCACGGAUCAGUUCCAGCAAAUAUCAGUGUCUGAUCAGGAGCAGCCAGAAAACUUAAAGGAUGACGAAACAAACACACCAGCUCCUCCUAGUCGGAAUGAUGUGAACCAGUCUGCUUUGCAUGGACAAUUACACAGCACAGGAAAUGUGUCUGGAAAUGUUUCUGGUGGCAGCCCCAAUUCUGAUGAUCAGCAAGGGCUAAGUGACUGGGAAGUGGUGCCCUCAGAGCCCAGUCGGAUGUUGGAGGUUCCAGGAGGGGAAAUAAAGCAAAGCCAGGAGGAGGCCCUCGACAGUAAUGUACAGUUCUUCAUUGGCUCUAGCAAGAACUCGGACGAUGGAUCAGCUAGACACACUCCGGAAACAGCACCACAGACUCAAAAUAAUUCUGAUCCAGAGAAAGAAAAGGAAAGUGCCAACCAAAAUCUACUGAUUGCAACUGAAAAUCUUAAACCUCAGUUGACAUCAUCACCCAAUAUAUCUCCAGGGCAUAAUAGAGCAAAUGAAGUUGUAGCAGCAGAUGCAAAACUCCCUCCUGUUGGUCCCCCACCUAUUGGGGCUCCAAAUGGGGGAGGUAAUCCAUUCAGAAAAGACAAAACAAAUAUGUCAAGUGAUAGUGAUAAGAAUGUUUUAAGUAUAUCACAGCCAUUCACUAAUACAAUUGAUUCACAGAUGCCAAGUCCUAUUGUAGCUAGCCCAGAAGAUUCCGGUAGGGUUGCUCAGAAAUCAAAGCCACAAAGUCCGAUCAUGCCAAGAAAAGAAAGUCCGUUUCAGCCACCAAACAGGCGACGGACACUCUCUUCACAGUCUAGUGAAUCUGAAGACCUGCCAAAAGCUGAAAAAGAGACUAAGGAGAGCGCACCUAGUAUAUCAAGUCAGAUAUCUAGUUCCAGGGAGUCUCUUGCAUCUACUUCUUCAAAACAGGGUCAAGAAGGCGAGAAAUUCAGACGUCCACCAAGGGACACAACAAAGUCAAGGGUUCCAGCAGGGUCAACCAGAGGGGUCAUGUCACCAAGGCGUAUCGAGUCUGCAUUUCAACAAGUACAAAAACAAAGGGCGAAGCACAACAUGUCUCCUGCCACAACACUGUGGGCAAACAAUGAUGCACUACCAGUGGCCAAUAUACUGUUGGCUCCAGCAGCACCUGCCAUCACUCCUUCUUCAAGUGCAACUUCAUCAAUGAAAGCCUCUCCCUCGAAAACAGCCAAGGACAGUAGGGAUGUUCUGUCCCCUGUCCAGAUGUUGAUCAACACCAUGAGUGAGAAGCAGCUAGACAAACCUUCUGAUUCAAAGCAGGAGAGCAAGCAGCAUGAGGACAGACAGGAGAGGUCCUAUCAGAGAGGCUCCCAACGGGAUCGACACGAGCGCGGGUCAUCCAUCGACAGGGAGUUAGAAAUCACCAGGAAGAUGGAAGAGAAAGAAAGGAGGAGUGAUUGUUACCGUGAUAGAGAACGGGAUUAUUAUAGAGGUGACAAGAGUCGAGGGCGGGAUCCCAGAGAUCGGGAUUAUGAUCCCUAUUAUGAUAAGCAAGCACCAGCAAGACGACGAGAUCCUCAAUAUGGAGAUGAGAGAUAUGAGCGACCAAGAUCACGACAUUCACUGCUUGAUGAUGACAGAUCAAGUUCUAGACAGGGACAAGAGUCAGAUCGACCUAGAUCAAGACAGGACUACAAUAGAGAGGCUGACCGACCGAGAUCACGACAAGACUACAACAGAGACCCUUAUUAUAGGGACAAAUAUGGACGAGAAAAUUCUGAAAAGAAAAAUGGAAAAGUGAUAGAGGAAUUACCAGAAUACCAUGAAGGCUAUGAGCAGUAUGAUUAUUACAAUCGCCAUGGUUACUAUGACAGACAAGGUUACUAUGACAAAUAUUACAAAUAUGACCAGCGUUACUAUGACGAUUAUUAUGGCAGGGGCAAUUAUGAAGACAGUUUCAACAGGUUACUGCAAUUUGAUUACCAUAGUCAUAACCACUGGCAACACGGAUACCCCAGUCAAUAUUACAAUCAGUACGGACAGCCUUACGAAGAUAGUGAAAGGUUUACGAGUCAGAGAGGCUCGCGAGUCCACACCCCGGGCUCACUGUCAGACACAGCAGAGCACCAAGACUACGAUGGAUACAGGCAUUACCAGGGGUCAAGGUCAUCUAGUCGCCAAGGCUACGAUGACUACACACGUGCUCAGUGGGAUGCUUACUAUGCCAAUUACAAUCGGGGUGGCUAUGGUUAUGGUUACGAUCAGGAUUAUGUGCAAGAAACAGCCCCCAGCAGAAUGACCCCAGUCAAACAUUCCAUUCCACACGCCUGUAUCAGAUUUGGUCCUGGAGGACAGUUGGUCAAGGUCGUUCCCAAUCAGCCUGCAGAAGGUCAACCGGCCACUGUAGAGAUUCACGACCUAAAUGAAAUGCUACAGGAUAACCCAGAAACAGAGGAACUGAAGGAUUUCCCUGGACCUCUAGUCAGGGGUGAUACCCAUAAGAACGAUGUGCUUACCUACUGUCAGGCCAGGGCAAAGACUUGUGCGGAGAACAUCCAGCUGACAGACCGAGACUCCGCUGAACUCAUCUGGAGGUUCCUGGAACUCCUGAUCAAACAAAACGGGACAUUUAUGGGUACGGAUAUUGCUGACCUGUUGUUGGAUGGACAUGAGCCAACAACUGUAGACUACAGCAUGAUGGGAUUGAAGAUUAAUCCCAGCUCGGAUACGCUGGAUGAAGAGUUCGAUGAAACUGUGGACAUGUCUGUCGUCACCUCAGAUCGGUCAGUCAUUGCCCGAGGCCGAAAAACCCAAGAGGAAACUACAGAUCGCUUCAGGCAUCUACUCUUGUAUGGCAGGAAAAAGGAUGCUCUGGAGUGGGCGAUGAAGAACAGUCUUUGGGGUCAUGCUUUAUUUUUAGCCAGUAAAAUGGACAGUCGUGCCCAUGCCAAUGUGAUGACCCGAUUUGCCAACAGUGCCAUGAAGAUGAAUGACCCUCUACAGACGUUGUUCCAGCUCAUGUCAUGUCGACAGCCGGCAGCUGUCACUUGCGUGGUGGAUGAGAAGUGGGGCGACUGGCGACCACAUCUAGCCAUGAUCCUCUCUAACCCGACGGGCCGGGAGAUGGACAAAAAGUCAAUCAUGACCCUGGGGGACACUCUUGCAUCUAAGGGCUUUCUUCAUGCUAGUCAUUUCUGCUACAUGAUGGCACAUGUUAAUUUUGGUUCCUAUCAAAAGAAAACUGCAAAAAUGGUGCUAGUGGGAUCAAAUCACAGUUUGCCUUUGUCAGAAUUUGCUACGAAUGAAGCCAUUCAGUGCACUGAGAUCUACGAGUAUGCCAAAUCCCUCGGGAACCAGUCAUACUUUACGGUCAAUUUCCAGAGCUUUAAAUUCUUGUAUGCAUGUAGAUUAGCAGAAAAUGGAUUUGCUCAAGAGGCCUUGCAGUAUUGUGAAGCAAUUUCUCGAGUGAUGCUGAAUUCACCAACAUUAUUUCAACCUAUUCUAGUCAAGCUUGUUUAUGAGUUGGGAAAUCGCUUGAAAUACUUUGAUCCUCAGAAGCUUCAUACUGCAGAAGAUGAAGACCCAGACUGGCUGCAGCAUCUGUCAAGGAUUAAUGCCGGAUUUCAGGAUGGGUCUAUACAGCCCCUGUCUGGAAGUGUUACUCCAUAUGGUGGAGGCUAUGGAACCCGUGCUGCUAGCACAGAGAGUGGAGAAGUUGCAGGCUACACUGCAGGUGGAGAAUCCACCCCCUUGAUGCCACCACCACAAGUGCCAUAUGGUCAGGAGCCAUAUCAACACCAGACUCAAGACCCUAGUGCAACCCAGGCUGAGCAUGCCCAUCACCAGGCUCCAACUACGUACAAUCAGUAUGGCGUACCUCAGGAACACCAACUUCAUCCGACCACAGCGGCAGGCCAAGAGAAACAACAACAAGACUCACACUACCAGAACCAGCCUGAAUACACUCAGAAUACAGAGACUUACAACCAGGGGGUGGAUCCUAAUGCUUAUCAGAAUGCAGGGGUGGACCCUAAUUCUCAGUGGUCGUACCAACGGCAAUUUCACCAGAAUGGAUACCAGCAAUAUGAUUCAAAUCAGGCAUUAGGGCACCAGCAGACAACUGCGGGGACUGACAAUAAUCAGGGCUACUAUGAUCCAAACUCACAAGGUCAAAACACAGAUACUCAGCCAGGUAUGGACACACAUACAGGUCACCACCAGGCGGGCCUACAGCACCACCGGCACAGCCUAGUGUCCCACCACACGGAGGAGGACGAUGAAGACGAUGAUGAUGAAGAGGAUGAUGAUGAAGAAGAAGAGGACAGCUUGGCAGGAUCCCACAAUGCACCUGCUGGCUCGUCCUUUGAUUACUUCAGCAGUGUGGGGAACCAAUCACACCAGAUUGUAACCCCUAAAAUGAGGCCCAGAACGGUGUCGGAGACCAGCAACGGAAGUGGUGGACCCCACACUAAUGCUGCCUUGUCAGGAAAGAAGCCUGACACAAUACCCGAGAAAAGAUCAGAUAUGAGUCUCUCACAGGAUAAAAACAAAAAUAAGGAGGGCUGGAGUUGGUGGCCUUUCAAGGGGAAGAAGGAGAAGAAGCCGGGCGAUGUGAGUGAGAUGAAGCUGCCUGACGACAAGAAACCAGCGAUUGUAUGGGACGAAAACAAGAAGCAGUGGAUAAACACAGAUGGAGGAGAACAGAGGAAUGAGCCCCCACCCCCUCCCCCUAAAGAUUUCAGCAUGGGAUCCACAAUGCAGCAGCAAAGUGCUCCAGAACAAAUGCCUCCUAGUGGGGGGCCCCCCAUGGGGAAUAAGUUUUCACUAAGGAAAGGUAAAGGUUCCGUGCCUAAGUACGUGGAUGUUCUGAACAGGAGCAGUGCGUCGUCUACUUCCUCCCACGUACCGACCAGUCUGUUCAACGUCAUGCCUUCCUCCCAGUCCUCCCCCGCCAUAUUCAGUCCAGGUGGAGAUGUGGAUUCUGGUUCCAAACAGCAAGAAACGAGUGGACAGUCGGGGAAUUUGUCAGACAACAGAACGGAGCAGCCGCCGCCAGGGGAGAUCUCUCGAAACAACUCCAUCAACUCAAUUUCUAGUGAAGUUCUUCACUUCAUGUCUCAGGGCCCCACAGAUAACAAUCCAGCCCCUUCUGGAAUGCCUGUCAUGUUUAACCCCGCCCAGUUCCAGAGUGGUCAGAGCGAGGGAUUCCAGCCUGGCCCCUCCUCCACAAGGUCAUCAGGUCGACUAAAACCAGGACAGAGGCGAACGUAUCCAAAAUGAGGCUGUCCGUCAAUGUCUACUGCGACACUUAAAAACUGUUUUCAUUUCAUACUGGAGAUGAGCAUUGCCAUCUUGUCCAACUAAUUUGCAUUUUGGUCUGUUGUACAAUAUCAAUUUUUAAUGUCUGGAUCAUUUUUAUGAAGUAAAAUAUAUUCCUGGGGUAACUGCAGUAAAAUGGCAUUUUCAAAUAUGAUUUUGACUUCGAUCUCUUACUUGUGCAAUAGUACAUGAAAUUAUAUCUAAAACACAACAAAAUUAACUUUUUAAGGCCAAUAGUCAUCCAUGUUUAUUAAUGAUAGAAGUAUUUGUCUUUAGAAAUGAAGUAUACAUGUCCUCUAGCCGAUGUCAUUUUACUAUGGUAAUAUUUUGAUGAACUCUUGGGGGAAUUAUUGCUAUAGGGUGGAAGGUUCAUUUUCCCAGAUGCUAACUGUAAGUGCUUCAGUCAUCUAUUGUUGGACUGUAUUCACCAUCUGCAUAAUCUUAGAUUUUCAUCAACAUUUUCCAUUAGUUUGUUUCCUAGCCACAUUUUUUGUUUCCUUGGUAGAUGAUUGGGGUUGGUGUCUCCCAUUUUCUCCUAAUUAGGUGAAAAGGUCUCAUUUUUGUAAAUUACCUUCAAUAGAUGUUUACUGGUUUUGGACAGAACUUUAUAAGUAUGUGUGAACAAGAUGACGUCAUUUGUCAGUGAAUCUAAUAAUUAUGAGUAUUCUGUUAAACAAACUUUUGAUGAUUUUGUGUAUGUCAGUACAUGUAUUAUCUCAAAUGUGUUCAGCUUGAUGUGGUUCAUGACACUGGGAAAACUUAGAAACCUGCAUUUAAUUAAUUAUUUUAAAUGACUGAAUGGGGAGCUGAUACGAGUCCAGGAAAGAAAACUAUGGAAUAUGUUUCAAUGGAAUAUGUUUCUGGUGAUUGACCUAUAUAUGGAAUAGAUUUAGUCAGUUGAGAACAAAGUGCUGGCCACACUGAGUAAUGCCAUGUGAUUGUAUUAUGUGAUUUACCCUUGGGGUUUAUUUAUUGUUUGUAUAUAUCAAACAUUAUAGUCAUUCUAAAAAAAAGUUAUAUUAAAAUUUUGUAUAUAUAAAAUCUGAUUGUGUGCACUGUGUGUAUUGGCGACCUGUUGUCUUAUAUGUGGAUUAGGACAAGUUUUAUGGACUGCAAUGCCAUUGUAAUGCGUUGAAACAUUUCUGUAUUUUAUCACACUUUUAAAUUACUCUCUUUGUGAUUUUUGAGGUGAACAUGUGAACUUUUUAAAUCAUGAAUACAGUUGUCAAAUAUCUUGUAUUGUUUUGACAUCAACUUUUUCUCUCUGGUUUUUUAAUUACUCAAGACUGCUAAUACCUCUAAUUAUUUAGUUUUUAAUUCUUCCAUUUUGGGAGAGAGUGUAUCAAGAGUCACUAUAAUAUUGUAAAAUUCAAAUAUUCUCAUCACAACAUGCGAUGUACAUUAUCCUGAUUUGCAAAUAAUUCAACUGUUUGGUUUGUACUGCAAACCACCACUAGACCAUUCCUUAGUAAUCAUAAUAUAUUAGGCUCUCUGAUUCUGUUGCUGUUGUAUUUAUUUGUCAUAAAAAUGUUUUUUGUUUGUUUGAAAAUGAUUGUAAGUUUCCAUUAGAUCAUAAAUUUGAGCAUUGGAUUCAUCACAUUAAAGUAUUGUGAAAUAUC